AGCAGGCAAUGCAGACGGUGAGGGAAGGAGCAGAAGGAGCAGGCAGCGCACGUAUCAUCUCCCGUGUCUCUCCCGUUCCUCUCCCGUGCGUUUCUCUCCCGUUCCUCUCCCGUGCGUGUCUCUCCCGCGACGAACCAGCCCUCCCCAAGGGUUGUGACGAGCAAAAGGCGGCCCCACCUCGCCCCAAUGCAGCUGCAGGUGCAUGCAGCAGGCCGGCGGGCCAUGGGAUGGAAGCUGCCCUGGCAGUGUUCUUUGCGAGAAGCGCAAGGGGCAGCCGCCCAUCUCAACUCCGAUUUCUCCCGCUUCUCCCGUUUCUCUUGCUCCCCACUCUUCCACAGGUCCCGAACCGGCCCUCCCCAGGGGCAGUGGUGACCAUCAGGCGGGCGUAUCUCAACCCAAUGCAGCUGCAGUCACAGCAGGCCAUGCGAGCCUUGGACGCUGCAGAGGCUGAGUGGCGCCGGGAGGAGCAGCAGCGCGAGCAGGCAGCGCAGCGGGAGAGGGAGAAGCAGCGGAAAGAGAAAGAGCGGGAGAGGGAGCUGCAGCGGCGGCAGCAGCUGCUGGGGGAGAUCGGGGUGGAGCACGAUUGCUGGCCAUCGGAUUUCCUCCGAAAGAGGAUGCAGAGCCAUCAGAUCGCAGCGUUCCGAUUCAUCUGGCACCAUCUGGUGGCUGGGGGAGGCGGGAGGCCAGGGGAAGGGCGAGGGGGAGCAGGGGGAGGAGAAGGGAAAUCACAGCAAAGGGAAGUAGGGGGGUGCAUCUUGGCGCAUGCGCCUGGCACGGGCAAGACGCUGACCACCAUCGCCUUCAUCGAGAAGCUCCUCUCCCUGCACCAUCAGCACCUCAAUCGUGGUGACACGGGGCAUCUCAGCGCCGCUGCUGCUGUCUCUGCAGCAAGCGGCACCCCGCCGCGCAUCCUGAUCGUGACGGAGCUCUCCAUAGUGGACUCGUGGUGGGGCGAGUUCCACAAGUGGAUCACCUCCCGCUCCCACCGCGCCGUCAUCCCCUCCCUCAAAGUCCUUGAGGGCGGGGGCGCAGGGGGCAUUCGCGAAGCAGAGAAGGUGGCCAAGGUGUGGGCGGCUAAGGGAGGCGUGCUGAUUGCCACGUAUGGGUUCCUCGAAGGGGUGAUUGAGAAACGGGGAGUUGGGGUGAAGGUGGGGAUGAAGGGGGGAGCAGGGGCUGUGUUUUUGGGUUCGCAGGGGCGGGAGGAGGGGUUGUGGGCGAGGGGCGAGGUGCGGCGGGUGGUGGUGGAGGAAACAGAUGUGUUGAUCUGCGACGAGGGCCAUCGGAUCAAGUCACCUUCCACCAUCUCGCACCGGGUGAGUGUGCUGUGCUUCUCGCACGGGGGGCGAGGUGCGGUGGGUGGUGGUGGAGAAAUAGAUGUGCUCAUCUGUGACAAUGGCAACCGCAUCAAAUCGCCCUGCACUAUCUCACACCGGGCCCUGGACCGGCUGCACACGUGGUGGUGGGUGCUGCUAACAGGCACGCUGCUGCAGAACUCAACACUCGAGCUGUGGGACCUGGCUGCCUUGGACCUGCUGCACACAAAGAGGAGGGUGCUGCUGACAGGCACGCCGCUGCAGAAUUCGACUCUCGAGCUCUGGGAUCUUGCGUGCUUCGUGCACCGCCCCCGCAUGCACCGUGCUGUGCUGGGGAUGGGGGUGCCCACGGGGGACGGUGGAGGGAAGGGUUGGCGGAAGAGCGUGCAAAAGAGGGGGAGCGAGGAGGAAAGUGGAGGCACGGGGGAGGACGCGAUAGAGAUGGAGGAGGAUGAUGAUAGCGGUGAGGGGGAGGAGGAAGAGGAGGAAGAGGAUGAGAUGGAGGAGGGAGGUGCGUAUUUGAGCAAGAGGGAGAGGAGAGAGCGGCGGCGAGCACGGGCUGAGUUUGUUCGGAUCUUUGACGUCCCAUUAAAAAAGACAUGGAGGAAUGGUGGGGGGAGGAGGAAGGGGCGAGGGAGCAAGAGACGGUGGCAAGAGGAGGAGGAGGAGCAGGAGGAGGAGAACAACGUAGAGAUUUCGGAAGAGGAGGAAGCAGAGGACAGGGAGGGGGGUGAGGAGGAAGGAAAGGAGGUAAAGGGGGGGGAAGGGAGGGAGCGGGCAGGAGCGAGGGUAAGGGGUGAGUGUGAGGGGGUGGGCGCAGAGGAGUUUCCGUUGGCGAAGGUGCAGCGGUUGAAGGAGCUCAUGUUUGACCUUGUGCAGACAGACGGCAACGUGUUGCAGGGCAAGCUGAGAGACCUGGUGGACGUCACGCUGCUGCUGCACCCCACGCCUCUCCAGCUCGCUAUCCUGCGUGCCUUCUAUUCCGCCACCGUUGCUCCCCGCCUCGCCCACCAACACCUGCAGCAGCAGCAGCUGACCCUCUCCCGCAACAGCAACACCGCCAACAACAACAGCAACAGCGUGACCGGCGGCGCGAGCAGCAUCACUGGUGGCAGCAGCAGCGGCGGUGGCACAGAGUGGCAGUUGUCGAUGAUCGAUCUCAAGAUUGUUGGCAGUCUGUGUGUGCAUCCCUGCGCCUUCGCAUGGAAGCUCAACCGCGGCAUCCGAGGCAUGCCUCAGGCCAUGCUUGCCAUGCGCCGAUUUCAACCACCGGCACCGGCAGCUGCACCAGCAGCAGCAGGAGCAGGAGGAGGAGGAGGAGGAGGAGGAGGAGGAGGAGGAGGAGGAGGAGGAGGAGGAGGAGGAGGAGGAGGAGGAGGAGGGGGUGGGAAUUCUCCGGGUGGUAACCCUUAUGCCGCUGGUGGAAGAAAAUUCCAAGGCAGCAAAUCGCGUGGUGGGGUGGCGCAGAACGAGGUGCGGUGUUUGGAGAGGAACAUGGAGGCGCUGAGCCCUGCAUGGGCGGCAAUGGAGGAGCAGCAGGGUGUGCAGCUGUCCCCCAAGCUGGCAGCGGUGGUGGCGGUCGUGCGCGCGGCGGUGCGCAUGGGGGAGAAGGUGGUGGUGUUUGCAGAGGAGCACGUUCAUCUGGACCUUGUUGUACCAUGCUGGGUGCGCAUGGGCGAGGAGGUGGUGGUGGUUGCAGAGGAGCAUGUGCAUCUGGACCCCGUGGUGGGGUCUCUCUGCCAUGCUAUUGGCCGCAUCCUUGUGCGCAUGGGCGAGAGGGUGGUGGUGGUUGCAGAGGAGCACGUGCAUCUAGACCUCAUGGUGGGGUCGCUGUGCCAUGCCGUGGGCUGGACGAGGGACGAGCAGGUAUUGCGGGUGGACGGCAGCAUGACCCAAUCACAGCGCAGCGACGCCUUCGAGCGGUUCCAGAAGGAGAAGGUGCCGCGUGCAGCGGUGAUGGUGGCGGCCGUGAAGGCGUGUGGGCUAGGCAUCGACUUCACAGCUGCUUCGCGGGUCAUCAUGCUGGAUGCUCUCUGGAACCCAGCUUCUGACCAGCAGGUAUGGGGCGUGUGCGCGAGAGGUGCUGCAGUGAUGCGCAGUGCGGCCGUGAAGGCAUGCGGGCUGGGCAUCGACUUCGCCGCUGCUUUACAAGUUGUCAUGCUGGAUGCCCUCUGGAACCCAGCUUCUGGUCAACAGGUAUGGGGUGGCGUCUGUGCGGGCAUGUGGUCUGGGCAUCGACCUCACGGCUGCCUGCGGGUCGUCAUGCUGGAUGCUCUUCAGAACCCGACCUCUGACCAACAGCUGCAGGCCUUCUCGCGGGUGGAGCAGCAGCGGCGGGUGUAUGUGUGUCGGCUGCUGCUGGAGGGUAUGGGGGAGAUGUACAAGCUAAGCUGUGGUGCACUCACCCUCCCCACUACUCCUCGUCCCAACCCUCCACCUUCCUGCACUUGCUUGCUGCAGGCAAUCUCUCGAGUGUGGCGCACGGGCCAGCAGCGGCGGGUGUAUGUGUACCGGCUGCUGUUGGAGGGCAUGGGGGAGAUGUACAAGCUGCGCUGCGCUCAGGCCAAGCAGCGCCUCGCCCAUGUCAUCUUCCACUCCGCCACUGGCGAAGGUGCUGGUGCUGCUGGUGAUGCUGCUGGUGAUGGUUCUAAUGCUUCUGCUCCCGGCACAUCCUCUUCCCCCACUCCCGGCGAUGCCUGCCUCUCCGACCCCAUCCUCCGCCGUCUCCUCGCCAUGCCAUCCUCCUCCAUCCCACACCCACAUCCUCCCUCUUCCCCCUCCUCUCCUCCCGGCUCCUAUCACCCCGACUCCCCCCAUCCUCCCUCUUAUCCUGGCUCCUCCCAUCCUCAUGCCGCUCCUCUUGCCGCCUCUCAUCUUCCCUCCACUCCUGGUCGAUCCUAUCCGAGCAUCUGUGUGGGCGGUCACUCGGAUUGCGAUGGGAUGCGGCUGAUCUGCCGGGUCGAGGUGCAGAGGAAUGGUGUGGCCACUACUGUACAUUUGGGUAGGUAG